CAUAUAUAAAUCCCAAAAAUUCCAAACUUUAUUUUAGACCUUCAUAAAAUUUCUAAAUUAUAUUUCCCUCUAAUUCUGAAAUUUAUCCAUGGAUUUACAGUCAACCAAAUCUCAACAUCGUACCCUAAACAAAAAAGUUGUUCUACAAAUAACACUUCCAAUAAUUCUUUUUACUCUAAUAACCUUACAAUUAGUGAAAAACAUUUCUACAAAAAGACCUCAAAACCUUAUUAUUUCAUACAUAAAAAAUGAUAAUCAAGAUGAAGUUUCAUCUACAAGUAAUAGUCCAAAAUCAUGUGAUGUUUUCUCAGGAGAAUGGAUCCCAAAUAUGGAGGCUCCAUAUUACACAAAUGAUAGUUGUAAUGUGAUCCAAGAACACCAAAAUUGCAUGAAAUAUGGUCGACCCGAUACUGAAUUCAUGAAGUGGAAAUGGAAGCCAAAUGAAUGUGAGUUACCCAUUUUUAAUCCUUACAAGUUUUUGGAGAUUGUUAGGGGUAAAUCUUUGGCUUUUGUUGGUGAUUCUGUGGCUAGGAACCAUAUGCAAUCCUUGGUUUGUCUCUUGUCCCGGGUGGAACAUCCUAUAGAUGUCUCCAAUAACAAAGAUGAUAAUUUCAAACGUUGGUUCUAUCAAUCAUACAACUUCACACUAGUUAUACUUUGGAGUCCAUUUCUAGUAAAAACACUGGAAAAUGACCCAAAUGGAAGAACAGGAAAGACCUUCUGGGGACUCCAUCUGGAUGAGGCUGAUGAGGUAUGGAAGGACGAAAUCGACAAGUUUAACUACAUCAUCAUAUCUGCAGGACAAUGGUUCUUCCGACCUCUUAUAUACUAUGAAAAACGUAAUUUUAUGGGUUGUCGGUAUUGCGAGAUCGACAACCUCACGGAAUAUUCCCUCUCAUUCGGGUAUCAGAACGCGUUUCGGACAGCAUUCCAGACCAUUUUAGAGAAGGAAAAUUUCAAGGGAGUAGUGUACUUGAGGACUUUUGUUCCAGGCCACUUUGAAGGGGGUGAGUGGGAUAACGGUGGUGAUUGUUUGAAGAAAAGCCCCUAUAAAAGCAAUGAGGUACAUUUGGAAGGAGAAACUUUGGAACUGUACACAGCCCAAAUGCAGGAGUUCAGGGAGGCCCAAGGAUUGGCCCAACAACGUGGGUUGAGUUUUCGACUCCUUGAUAUGACCCGGCUUAUGCUGAUGAGGCCCGACGGGCACCCAAGUAAGUAUGGGCGUCCGGCCAAUCUAACCUGGCCAAGUGAUUGUGUCCACUGGUGUUUGCCAGGGCCAAUUGAUAGUUGGAGUGAUUUCUUACUUGAGAUGUUUAAGGCUUGAGAUUAGCUAGAAAAUGAGGAAAAUUGUGUUUCUACUACUUCACAAGAUUUUGGCAAUUGCUAUAAUAUUUUUUAGGGACAAAUUUAUUAAAUUGGAAGGUCAAAUAAUUACAGUGUA